CGGAAGUGUUAUGUUUAUGUCAUAUGAUUAAAACAUUUUGACAUUCGUUAACAUUUUGUUUCUUUUUUUGGCGAAUUCCAGGCAAAUUUUACUGUUUAACCAUGGCAGCCUGCCCUUGUCUGGGACCAAAAUGCUCAAUAUAUUACAUGAUUAUUAGCAUUUGGGGUAUUAUCAUGCUGGUAAGUAAAAUAACUUAAAAUGGAAGUAAGUAGCCGUAGGGCUUACUUCAAGUUAGUGAGGGUCUACAGUACUCUACAGUCUACACUCAACUCACCACACUAAAAGCUAAGAAAGUUAAGUUAGUAAGUUCGAACUCUAGGCCUAGACCUCUCCUCGUCUUACUCUAAUCUCACUCUAGUUGACUUAGUUGUAAAUGUGAAAAAAAUGUAGUCAUUGACAAUGAAUUGAAUGGCAUUCCAUGUAAUUUACUGCAGGCUAGUCCAAACUUAAAAUCAAUCUAACUUAAUACUUAAUUCAAGUUAGUCUAGUUAUAAUCCAAGUUCUCAAUUGAAUAAAAUUAUUUUCUCCUAAGUUAAUGACCCAAGACCUAAAUUAAAUGAUAAUGAGGAAUAAUACCUAAUUAAAUAUAAAUAACCAAUACCAAGUAAAACGGUCAAAAUUAAUCUCUUUGUUAAGUUCAAAUAGUAAUAUCCAAGAGAAAAUUGCUGGUAAAAGUGCAGUUCAGGUGCGUAUAUUAUUUCUUAACGCAUUUUGUAUUUUAUCAUGUAAACUUACGUGUAUUCUUGAUUAAUUAAAUCCAGGCAGUUAUAGUUAACUAAUACUGACGUAUACAGCACUUUUUUUCUUUUUAUUUGAUUUCUAAAUCGUCUUUACACCCCCAACCAAAGACGCAUAGCCCCAUUUGCUUUGUAAAUAAACAUUUUUUUAGACGGAAGGAUGCCAUACAUAUAUAUAUAUAGCUAACAUCUAAAUUAAUUAGUCUGUAAAAACACAUAAAUAUUUAAAAAAAAAAAAAUUUCUCUUCUCCCAAUAAAAAACUAAUAAAAUACAAUCCGAAAUGCAUCCCGAUCCCCCGUGGUAUCCCUUCCCAGUUUUGAUCCCAUUCUCCAGUAUGGGAUCACUUCAGUUUGAUCCCGAUACAAUAGGAUCCCGUUUCCCAAAAUCAUCCUGUUUCCCCAUUGGGAUCCAAACACAUGGGAUCUCUAUCCCAAUGGAAUCCAAUUUCCCGGUGGGAACCUGAACCCAGUGGGAUCCAGUUUUCCAGAUGGAAUCCCAUACCUGUAGAGAUCCUGUUCUUGGUUGGAUCUUUAUUUUCAAUGGGAUAUCUAUUUCCGGUAGCAUCUCUAUUUCCAGUGGGAUCCCGUUCCCUGGUGGGGGUCAUGCUCUCCGGUGGGAUCCCAUUCCCUAAUGACCCUUAUGAUCGGCAUUUCGCAUGCUCCCACCACCCUUUGUUCUCUCAGUGCUCCAAAAAAAUGUACCGAUAGUCCCUUGAAGUUGAAGCCUUGGUUUGGGGAAAGAGGGGGGAGGGAUUAGAAAUGGAUUAACGACCAAGGCACUGACUGAACACACUCAUUUCCUGAAGUGGAGCUUUAAAAAAAAAGGGGGGGGGGGGCUUCCACAAAGAAUUUGUGCCAAUGUGUGAUCAUGUGUUCAAUUUGUUUUAAAAAUUUGUGACGAUGCAGAAAUGGGGGAAAUCGGCCUUGAUAGCGUGGGGUCAUUUAUUGGUUGCCAUCUCAAAAUGGUAAGCAAAUACGUUGUCCGUUAGGUGUUAGGGUUAGGCUAGUGAUUAUAUAUAAUGAAACGGACUAAUUUUGCGCUCAGGACAACCAAGAUUAUUACUAUUAGAGCCACAAUAAUUACUGUAGGUAUAUGUUCUAGGUUAUAGUUAUUUUGGUUUCAGCCGAAAGUCUCUUAAAGGUUUUGGUUUCGGACGAUAUAAAAAAAUCACUUUCGGUCGGUCUCUAGAUGCAGCACUACGGACUGCACUUUUACCCCUUUUUUGUACGACGUGAACGUAUCCAAAUAUGAAGGGAAAAGAUCGCAGCCUCUGCCCUCUCCAGGUUACUAUUAACGUACAUCAAUAGAGAAUAGAUGUUACAACGUUAUCAGUAUGGAGAAUUUAAUCUCUUAUUCAAGUGUAUGGCUUGUUCUAAAACAGUACACAACAAAAGACAUACAAAAUAAUAACAAUAACAAAGAAUACGAUACUCAAACCAUUUUUAGUCUUGUCAUUUUUUUAAUAAUCCUCUCGGUGGCCAUGUUUCUCAGUAUUGCAGAAUUACUUAUACUUAUAUACAUUUCAUAAAGUUAAAAUUCUAAAAAUUAAAUACUAGAUUUUCAUUACGCACGGGCGCCCCCUUCCACGUCCCCACCCCACCUUCUUUGUUUUCCCUCUCAGAGCGCUCGGAAAAUAAGGGUUGUCCCUUGAAGUCUUGGGGGGGGGGAGGUAGAAGAUGAUCACCAACUAAGGCAGCGGACACAAGUCAUCAUUGUCCUGGAGUGAAGCUGAAAAUCGGAAAGGGAGGGGCGGGUCCACGAAUACGGUACGUGCCAAUGUGUGAUCACGUGUCCACUUUAAAAAAAAUAAAUAUUUAUGAUGUUCCAGAAAUGGGGGGAAUGGGAAUGAUAGCUGGUGUCAUUUAUUGAUAGUCAUCUCAUACUGAUGGCUGCAAAUACAUUGUCCGUGAUUGGUCAGCUCUAAUUUGAGCACCCCCUCCCAUUUUUCCGUAUGCAAAUGCGCUUAUUAAUGGUGACUGAUUUGAGCUGUGUAAAAUGAGGGUGAGGGCUAGUGAUUAGUCCGUUUUGCGGCAUUGCUGGUAGUGGGAUCAUUUUGUUAAAAAUGGCAGGACGACCAAGCAACAAUAAUUGAAAUUGUUGAUCCAACGGAAAUUUUUAUCAUUUGGUUUAUACGCGCACUUUUUGAGGCAACAAAUAACGUUAAUACAACUAUGGAAUUGUUGGUAAGGCGCUGGUGACAAUUGCAAUGUGGCUUGUAAACUGGCUACAUAUGUCAAGUAAGUGAGCUCCCUAUAAUUACAGGAUCUGGAUCUCACAGGAAACGGGAACUCAUCGUAACCGGUAUGCCACGGGGAUCGGGAACCCACUGGAUCGGGAACCCACCGGGAUCAGGAUCUCACUGGGAUCAAUAUCCUAUCAGAAUCUCACCGGAAACGGGAUCUGAUUGGAAUCAAAAUCCCACCGGGAUCGGGAUCCCACCAUGACCAGGAUUCUACCGAAAUCUGGAUCCCAUCGGGAUCCCAUCAUGAUCAUUCCGAGUGCCAUCGGAAAACGGGAAAAAGUGUUUUUAUGGGAGACAAAUUAAUUAUUUUUUUUUACUAUAGAGCUGUUGUUUUGUUGUUGAUAUUUCGCUUAAUAGCAAUGUGAAUUAAAAUGACGUAGCAGAUGUUUUUUUCUCUGAAUGCAAUCCUGAGCAACAUUUAUUUUAACCAAGAUUAAUCCAACUGGGCAACUUUUAUAACGUAUCUUUAAAGACAGAAGAGUUAUCCAUGAUUUACCACAAUGGCUCUGUAAAAGACGAAAGAUUCAAGAAAAUGUACUAUUUUUUAUCUCGUAAAAUUUGUUAAAUUGUUGUUGUAUUCCAAUAAAAAGAUGGUAUUUUAGUUUUAAAAUACUUUUUCUAAACAAUACACGUAAGGUUACAUGAUAAAAUACGAAAUGCGUUAAGAAAUAAUAUACGCACCUGAACUGCACUUUUACCAAAUUGCUUUUACAACUUAGGAAAUGAGCAAAACAAAGUAUUGGACAACCUGAAAAAAAUAAAAAAACACAAAACAAAAAUGCUUUGGCUAGAAAACUUCCUCAUUGAACAAACAGUUUAAAUACAAUGUAAAUAAGGCAGUGUCUACACGUCCGGCGCAGCGGACGUAUAUCUCCAGCACUAUUUGUCCAGCGACCAAGUCACAUGACCGCCGUAACAAAGUGGCGAGAGAUACUUGUCGGUCAACCUUGGUCACAUGACCGCGAAUGAUUCAAAGCUGUUGUUAAUUUUAAAAUCUAUUUCUCUACCAAGUAAUGUACUGAGUAUCUUGAAUGCAAAUAAUAGAAAAAAACUUAAGUGAAAGUGGCUUGUAAACAUUUUUGUUUAGUUUAUUAUUUGAGUUUGUGUACCAGUAAUCCAUAAAAUAAAUUAGGGGCCAGUAUGGAGUAGGCAACCAAUAAAAGUAAAAGAUUUCAUUUUAAAUUGUUUAAAUUGCUACAAAAUAUUUAAAAACUUCUCAUAAAGCUACUGUUGCUGAUAAACAUGAUAAUAUAAAUAUAUUAUAAAAUAUUUUAAUUAAAAUGUGGAGAAAAAAAAACGAUCACAUACUGGGAAUUGAUCCUCAAAUAUAAUAACGUCAAGUAACCACUCUACCACAAGGCCACACAGGAUCUUCCAGAUAGCACUUCGAUCGGAAUAAUAACAACUACUAGUCGUCCGGCGGUCAUGUGACAUGCCGCCGGACGUAUAUCUCGCACACUAUUUGUACGGCGCGCCGGACGUGUAGACACUUCGUAAAAAUAAAAAACAAUUUCAUGCAAUGUAAUCUCAGAGAGGACAACAAGAGGAAUGUGGCAGAACCUAAGUAGGUGAAGAGAUUAAAUACAGAAUACAGGCAAAAUGGGAUGGGGAUCCAGUCUUAUGGAACCUUGACAACAUAUAGCAUGAAUGUCAAGUUUACAUUUAUUUAAAACUUUUUGGCCGCCCCUCCUUGUUAUGACCAAUCGCAGUAGAGUUACCAUGCCUCUUUUCAGUCCCAUACUUUGAUUCUCUCAUUUCCUUUUACCUAACCUGAUUGGAGUUACUCCCCCUUAUUACCGGUACCAUAAUUUUACAACUUAACACACAAAAUAACUGAUGUUAAUAAAGUUGAAACUGGAGCAAGUAGUGUGCUAUAUUUAAUUACUACCCUAUUUAUUCUUAAAUUUUCAAGUAAAAGUUGUAAAAUUCCAAAAACAUUAACUCAGAAAUGGGCCUUUAUUAGUAGACCUUUCUUUUAUAAGUACCCCCACCCCAUAUUGAAAUAUAUAUAUAGCUUCUUAGUAAUAUCUUGUUUCAAGAUUCAAGAUCAUUUUUGCUUAACCCCCUAACAGUCCGUCCAGGGAACCACUGCCAUGCCUACAGACUUUAUAAAUAGUAUAAAGUUAAAUUUAGAUUAAAGGAAAAAAUCAAAGUGAUUAAGUUGGGUGAGUUGAGUUCUAGGGAUAACUGGGGUUUCAGAGGGCUCAAUUUUUUAUUGCGACUAUACCCAUGCGCAAUACAUUUUGACUCUUUCCAAUGAUAAGCUCUUUGUGUAUGUCUUAUGUAUUUAAACAUUCUAGUUGGACUGCCUUCCUAUCUAAUUGUCUCAAUUGACAGUUGAGAUGCGUAGUGUGUUAAAAAAUACAAGACUAUAUGGAGAAAGGGGUAAAUUUGCACUCAGUCCUACAUUUUGUUUUUAGUUGCAUUCAGCUCUACAUGUUAUUUAUUUGAAUAACUAAGGUCAUAUGUAAAUAAAUUUAAAAGAACAAGGUCAGUAAACGAUUCUAUGAAAUUGGUUCUGAGUAAACUAUAAAAAUUCAUUGGUCGAUAUGCUUAAAUCACUUUUUGCCCUACACAACUAUGGCCUUAAAAUGUUUUUAACUUUAACCAACUCAUCUAGCUUUAUUCUAGUAGUGCAGGUAGUUUUUUGAGCUAUAAAUUUGGAGUUUGCAUCAGUUUUCUAUGCACGUUGGACUUUGUUGGAUUGACCUCCCAAUGUUAAGACCUAAUUUUGUGCUGUUAAAUUUUUAUAAUAUAUCGGUAACUUUAACUUGCCUGGGCCUGCUCGUUAAGUAAUUAUUUUUCAAUUGCUGUUUUUAAAAAAGAAUUUAUCCAAAGAUAAUCCUAAAAUAAUUCUGGGUGAAAUUGUUAUGUAAUCAGCUGCAACGCCCCUUUCUUAUGUAAUAACUGUUUUUGUAAUAGAGAAUUACAAAUUCAAUUUAUUUUUUCUGACAACCCAGUAUUUAUCAAAAUAAUUAAUUUUGUAAGAAUUAUUGAUUAAGAACUAAGCAUCCUAAUAAAAUAACCAAAUGUGUGCUAACUGGCAGGCUUACAUUGCAUGGAACAGCAUUCAUCCUAAUAAAAUAACCAAAUGUGUGCUAACUGGCAGGCUUACAUUGCAUGGAACAGCAUUCAUCAUAAUAAAAGGUCCAACUCAUUUAUGAUUGGUACCGGUAGUGAUAUUGUUAAUUGAGUGUCAAUAGAAACUGAAUGGUGGUCCAGUUGCUAUAGUUAACCUUUCAUUUUUUUCCUUACCAGGCUCUGAUGGGCGUUUUCUUCCAGAUCAGAAGUAUUGCUCUAUUUGAAGAUGUCAGCGUGAGUGAAAGUGAUUGGGAAAAGGCUAACUUCACAAGAGAUUAUGUCAAAGAAAAAUAUGAAGACAAUGCUAUCAACUGCUGGAUUGCUGCCGGAAUUUAUGUCUUGCUCUUCAUAUUUGCUUUCAUUCAGCAAAGAAUGAAUUCCAGAACAUCGUAUGAGAUGUCUUAAGUCAGAAUUCCACUGGGAUGGAAAUAAAGGGGGGGGGGGGGUGGAAGAAGAUGUGAUGAGGUGAAACUAUUUUUAAAUAUGUUAGAGGAAUAGUUUUCUGGAUUGCUGCCGGAAUUUAUGUCUUGCUCUUCAUAUUUGCUUUCAUUCAGCAAAGAAGGAAUUCCAGAACAUCGUAUGAGAUGUCUUAAGUCAGAAUUCCACUGGGAUGGAAAUAAAGGGGGGGGGGGUUGAAGAAGAUGUGAUGAGGUGAAACUAUUUAUAAAUCUGUUAGAGGCAUAGUUUCAAGAAAUCAUUAUACCUCUGAAUUUUGAUACCGUUAGGACAAGUGAGACAUUUUUUUGUACUUCUACAAUAUAAUCCAGAAUACACACACUUUAUUAAUACUUUUAUGGGUAAAUGUAUAAAAAUUAUUUAUUACAUGUGUAGAGGAAAACCAGCAUCUAUUUUUUCAAACCAAUAGAUGACUUUUCUGACCAUCUUAAUUGAAUGUAUCUGAAGAGAUGGGAUAAUAUAUUUCUUCCAGCAUAAGUAUACAUUUAUUUAUAAUCAUUUUUUUGUAGCAGUGGAACUUCUAUGUUCACAUCUGGAAAUUAUGGGGAAAUAGAAUAAGUUAAAAAAAGUACUUGCUUAAUUCAACUGACUAAAUUAUAUUUUAAUACUUUAAUAUGGUGUUUUUAAACUGUUAAGCUUACAAGUUUGGCCUGUGCGGCAGUUAUAAUUUUAUAACGGCAUGAAAUAAUUCAGAUAAUAAAAUAAUAAAUUUCAUUUUUAUUUACCCUUCUUUUCCUUCAGAAGUCAAAAAUGGUUUGUUCUGAUUUAUAUUAAAAUUUUUUAUCUGUAUUAAAAAUGUUGCUCUGUGGACAGCUAGGUUUCUUCAUUUCACGUAAACUCAUAAUCAAGGCAGUUUUUUUCCAUCCAGUUCUUGUACAAACGACUUUUUUGUUUUUUUCAUUUAUAGUGCAAAUUAUAUUAGCCUAUGAGCACUGUAAAAAUCUCAUCUGACAAAUUGUACCUAUCAUUGUGAAGAUGUAAAUGAAACCGAUGUGAUAUAUUUUAACUUUAAGCUAUUAUUUGUUACAUUUGAAUUGUAUUACUGUACUGUAGCUAAAAAUAAUAACUUCGAUAAGAGCAUUGUUGAGAGUGAUUGAGUUAACAUUGGGCAUCAUUCCUGUUAGUACUGCCCUUUAAAUGUUUGUCAAAAUUUUAAAUGUUAUAAAAUGAUCUAUCAGCUUUCUUAGAAUUAGAAUGCCAAGUAAAGGACUAGUUUGAAUGACAGAUGUCAAGGUCAAGACUGGCUCAUUUGUGUUAGAAGUGUACAAGUUAAGUACAAGUGAAAAUGUCUGAGCGUGUUCAUGACAAAAAGAUAUUUAAGGGUACAUGUGAUGUUUUGAUUCCAGACUAACCAGAUUUUUUCAAGAUCAUUGAAUGUAAUACCUUUUUUUUUGUAAUGCAUUUUAGUACUUUUUUUUGUGUGGUAGUUUGUUGUCAACAAUUAUUGGCUGCAUAAGAAACUGGAAAAGGCUGAAUGAGGGGAAUAUCAAUCCUGUAACUGUAAGAAUUGUUUUUGUCAUAAGGUUCUUUAGUGUUUUUGUUUAGUUUUAAAAUUUAUGUCAUGAAAAUAAACUGGAUACAUAUAGUAUAUAGCCAUAUUAAAUUAUAAUUUGCUUUAUUUUGCUGUAUAUUCUGUGGUCUCAAGUAAAUGUAUAUUUAUGUACGUAUGAAUAUGAAAGGUUCAAUAAGCCAUAGUGAAACUUGAAAUUAUAAUAAAAUUAAAAAC